AUGGAGUACAGCGGCAGUACGACACAUAAUACCGGACAACAUCAUUCCGCUUCUGCCCAAACUGAACCCCUUCCGUCAUGUUUCGAUCCCGCCUUUCUCCUGCAGAAAAGGGCCCAUCACUCCCCCCCUGUCGUAUUAGCACUGCGAGCUUACGUCCGUUCCCAUUGCGACACGGUCACUGCGGAGUACGUAAGCUAUCAGCCCGCGCUUUCCUGCUGUGAUGAUCGACAGGGCGACGCCCUUUUUGAGAAGGUGCGGAUGAAGGCCCGAGGUCUAUAUAAGGACGUCCGAGUCCUCCAUACGGCUCGUCAGGUGGUAAACAAGAAAAUCAUCAUUGUAGGCAUCAUGGGUGUUACCAUUGCGCUGCUAUUGUGGAUAUCGUACUUUUUACUCAGGGCCUCCGGUUCGCCGGUGCUCGAUCGACCACGAGACGUUUGCAGUACCGUCGACCAAGGAUAUCUGUGCUUCGCCCCGGAUUCUCAUCUGUGGGGUCAAUACUCUCCCUAUUUCUCGCUGGCGAACCAGUCUUCUGUUCCUCAGAAUAUUCCGGGAAAUUGUCGCAUCACUUUUGCCCAGGUGCUCUCGCGUCAUGGAGCACGGUAUCCUACAGGGUCGAAGUCAGAUAAAUAUGCGCGGCUCAUAUCGGGAAUCAAGCAAAAUACUACCUCUUUCAGAGGGAAAUAUGCGUUUCUCAACGAUUACACUUACGCCUUGGGCAAGGAUAAUUUGACCGCUUUCGGUGAGUAUCAACUGGUAGAUUCGGGUAUCAAGUUCUACCGUCGGUACGAGUCGCUCGCUAGGACGAAUGUCCCUUUCAUCCGGGCGUCGGGAUCAAAUAGGGUUAUAGCCUCUGGGGAGAAGUUCAUCAAGGGGUUUCAGAAGACGAAGCUAGAUGAUCCCCAGUCGAUACCAAAUCAGACAGCCCCUGUAAUCAGUGUAAUCUUCCCAGAGAAAGAUGGCUUCAACAACACCUUGGACCAUGGUGGCUGUACGAAAUUCGAAGGCAGCACACUGGGUCACGAUGCAAAGGCCACGUUUAGGGACGUGUUUACGCCUACAAUCCGUCGGCGACUGGAGGAAGGCCUUCCGGGAGCUAAGCUGUCGAAUAAGGACGUCGUCAGCCUCAUGGACUUGUGUUCCUAUGAAACGGUGGCGGCGACUCCAGACGGCAGUGAGCUAUCGCCAUUCUGUGCUUUGUUCAGCCAUAAGGAGUGGGAACAGUAUGAUUACCUCCAAUCUCUGGACAAGUACUAUGGAUACGGCGCCGGAAAUCCUCUUGGGCCCACCCAGGGGAUUGGCUUCGCCAAUGAACUGAUUGCGCGCCUGACCAAAAGUCCAGUGCAUGAUGACACGAGUACCAAUCACACUCUUGACUCGCGUCCGGAUACGUUUCCCGUGGAUUCUGCCCUCUAUGCGGACUUUUCGCACGACAGUCUGAUGGUAUCUGUGUUUUUUGCCCUGGGACUCUACAAUGGCACCAAGCCUUUGUCAAAGACAUCGGUGGAAAGCACUCAGGAGACGGAUGGGUACGCUUCAGCCUGGCUGGUUCCAUUUGCCGCCCGGGCGUAUAUCGAGAAAAUGCAGUGCAGCGGUGAAAAAGACCCUCUGGUCAGGGUGCUGGUUAACGACCGGGUUGUACCUUUACACGGCUGCAGCACUGAUCAGUUUGGUCGAUGCAAACUAGAUGAUUUCAUCCAAGGCCUGAGCUUUGUACGCUCUGGUGGUAAUUGGGGAGAUUGUUUUACUUGA